AUGGCUCCAACCAAAUAUCCAGACCUCACCAGCUUCAAAGCUCUGAGCUUCGAUUGCUACGGCACACUCAUAGACUGGGAAGCCGGUCUCAUCAAGUCUCUAGGUGCCCUGACCUCGCAACUACCAGCGUCAGACCCUCACAACGAGGACCCGCCCGUCGCGGCCAUGCAAAAGUUUGACCUGGCCAUUGUGGACAUACAAAAGAGGCAGCCGCACCUCUUGUACAAUGAGAUACUGGUGGCGGCAGCGACGCGGCUGGCGCACGAGCUCGGCAUCACGGCCUUGUCCGACUCCAUUGCCGAGCCCCUUGGGAAUGCUCCGGGGACAUAUCCCGCGUUUCCCGAUACCGUCGACGGGUUGCGCCGGCUCAAGAAGUAUUACAAGUUGGCCAUCUUGAGUAAUAUUGACAAUAUUAAUAUGAAGAGUACCAUUGAGAGGCAGUUGGAAGGGGUCGACUUUGAUGGCGUCUACACUGCACAGGAGAUUGGCAGCUACAAGCCGGACCCCAAGAACUUUGAGUACCUCUUUGGGCACGCCCGGAAGGAGCUGGGCAUCGACGCCGAAAAGGGCGAGCUUCUGCACGUGGCGCGCAGUCUCAAGGUGGACCACGUGCCGUGCAAGGCGCUGAAUCUACGCAGCGUCUGGAUUUCGCGGGGCGCCGACCAGGGCGGCCACGGCGGCAUCGUCAAGGAUGAGCUCAACGAGUUCAAGGAUUCCGUGGGCUUUGAGUGGAGGUUUGACUCGAUUGGGGAUUUUGCGGAUGAGGUGGAGAGACAAUUCAAGGCCAAGCAGUCGGCUUGA